AUGAAAAAUUCUGAAGAGUAUAAAUCUUAUAUUUUAUGUCAAAACUCUGAUCUGCCCAUGACCAGUUAUGAUGUUGAGUCGUUAUUUACCAACGUCCCAGUUGCUGAAACUGUUGAGGUUAUUUUAGAUAAGAUUUUUAUUGAACCCAGUGAUACCUUCUUAAUUAGCUACGAUCGUUGCCAUUUUAAGAAACUGUUGGAGUUAGCAGUGCUGGACACUGCUUUUAUUCUUAAUGAUUGUUUAUAUAAACAAGUUGAUGGGAUGGCAAUGGGAUCACCUCUCGGUCCCACGUUCUCCAACAUUUUUAUGUGCUCCCUGGAGGAGAAAGUGUUGGAGAAUUGCCCCCUUAAUGUUUAUCCUCUUGUAUACAAAAGUUUUGUUGACGACACUUUUGUUCUUUUUAAAUCGGCUUUCCAUCUCCAUCAAUUCCACUUCUACAUUAAUGAAAUGCUUCCUAACGUUAAGUUCAUAUUAGAGAAAGAAGAAAAUGGCCAAUUACCAGUCUUGGAUCUUUUGGUGUCUCGACACAAUGUUAGUUUUAACAGUUCUGUUUUUAGGAAAAAGACUUACUGGUCUGGGUUCAAAUCUUUAUGUGCGUGUUUUUAA